AUGGCAUACAGUGUACUGUAUUGUCCCCUCAUAUUGAGAGAUUUCUGGAGAUUUCAAACAGGCUACAUCUAUGUGCUCCAAUCUGUACAGAUAGUGCCUGCUGACUACACAAAUGACAUUGUUGACGAUUCCAGACAGAUGUUAUUGACUGAUGCAUCUUAUGUCAUUCUUGAAGAUGAAGAUGACCUUGCAAUGCCCACUUUUUUUUGCAAGAGGGUGCCGUUAUCUCAUAUAUGGCGUCAUGUUGAUUGCAGUGACAAAUUAUUCGAUGUCGUUGGAAUACUCCUUGAUGUAUCACCGAUUCAACAGGUUGGAAACAACUCUUUCAAAAGAGAUGUUGCAAUAAUGGAUAACACGUGGAUCAUUAUCAAAUUAACUGUUUGGAAUGAUUAUGUUCAUGUCUUCGGAGAUGGACCAUUUGACUAUGGGAAACAACAUUCAAUUGUUGUCGCAUGGGUAUAUCUUACGACCGGCUAUUACAGCAGGAUAUACUUAAAUACAGAGAACAAAUUUACCAGUUUAUUAUCUGCAUGGUAUGACACCGAGAAACUGGCACAGAAACGGGUUGUGGCUUUCCGCUCAUGUCCAUUUGCAAUGCAUUCAUCAAUUGCAGUUUAUAAUGCCAUUCGUACUCGGAUAUCUAAAUUACCUACUAUAACGAGUGUUCAUUAUUGUCGAUUAGUCGCUCAUGUGAGGCGUAUUGAGUCACAACCUGAUGAGAUGAUUUACGAAGCAUGUAAUCGUUGUCUAAGAAAAAUUGUCAUCACCCAAACGGCCUAUAAAUGUGUACGGUGCAAUCUAACAAAUGCUGCAACUAUUCCAAGAUUAAUGCUUCGACUCAUUAUUUCUGACAAGAGUGGUAAAAUGGGAGUAACAUUGAUGAACGACCUAACUCAACACAUGUUGCGGUGUACUCCGACUGAAAUCAAAUCACUACUUCAACAGCCUAAUGGAAGAGCAGCAGUUUUCAACAAAGUUAUGAAAGUUUUCGGAUUCAAAGAAUACUCAUGGUUUUUACAUCCACCAAGUAACACCAUGGAUAUUAAUCAGUUCCACACCGUUGAUUACAUAUUUGAAGUUGACUGGGCUGAUGAGUGUGCGUGGAUUUUCAAGAAAAUUAGUUAAUGUCAACAAAAAAGUAGUUACAAAUGCAAUUUCAAUACUUAUACUUAUUUAUUAAAGUGUUUUUAAAUACUAUUUGAUUGUA